AUCCUCUCUUUAUAAACACCCGCUCCGUUUCUCUUUCCUUUUCGUCUUCACCCAAAUACUCAGAACCAAAAGAAAGGAGCUAAGGAAAUCCAAUGGAGUUGAAGAGGUUCGCCGUGCUAUUGUGCGCCGACGACUCCGACUACGUCAAGAAGAUGUACGGGGGCUACUUCGAGGUCUUCGUUGGGCUCCUCGGAGAAGAAGGAGAGACUUGGGACCUCUUCAGAGUCUCCUCCGGCGAGUUCCCGGACGACGAUGACGUGGCGCUCUACGAUGGUUUCGUUAUCACUGGAAGCUGCAAUGACGCUCACGGGGACGAUGACUGGAUCUGCCAGCUGUUAAGGUUGUUGAGGAGGUUGGACUCUCUCAAAAAGAAGGUUCUCGGCGUUUGCUUUGGGCAUCAGAUUUUAAGCAGGGCGUUAGGAGGCAAAACAGGAAGAGCUAAUAACGGGUGGGACAUUGGAGUCACUUGCAUCCACCCUUCGCACUCUAACAAGUUGCUCUCUUCUCUACGAAUUCCUUCUCAUAUCCCCAUUAUCGAAUGUCACCGUGAUGAGGUAUGGGAGUUGCCUCCGUGUGCAGAGGUGAUUGCUCGGUCACAAAGAACUGGAGUUGAGAUGUUUCGAUAUGGAGAGCAUAUUAUGGGGAUUCAAGGACACCCGGAGUAUACUAAGGAUAUUUUGUUGAGCCUCAUCGAUCGACUCCUCCAGCAUAAUCUUAUUCAGUCUUGUCACGCUGAGGCAGCAAAGGCGACCUUAAACAGUAGAGAACCGGAUCGUGACGCUUGGAUGAGGCUGUGCAGGACAUUUCUCAAGGGCAAAUUGGUCUCAUCAUAGUAAUAAUUUUGAGCUAGAAUCUGAUGCCAGACCCAUGGAAGGAGAGCUCAUGUGUAUGUGCAUCUUGAAGCAUAGUGAAUUUGGGUGAUUGGUGCUUCUGGGAGAGUGAAAUAAUUGUAAUGGAUGGGGGUCAAAUGUUAAAUUGAUGACCACAUGUUAACGCUUUGUUGAACCAUUUGAUGAAUGGAAUCAGUUCAGUUUAGUGAUA